AUGGAAAACACACUCCCUUUCCUGUAUGCCGCCGCGACGGGCGAUGCCGCGGCCCUUGAGCGCGAGUACGCAACGAACCACAGCGUUCUCUCUGCACGCAACCCGGAAGGGCGAACCGCCCUCCAUCUCGCCGCGCUCCACGGCCACCCGCAAAUCCUCCGCCUGCUGCUCGGCUACGGCAUGUGCGCCGCCAUCACCGACACCCACGGCCAGUCAGCCCUGCACCUCGCAGCGCAGGGCUCAUCCACAGAGGCCGUCGAGAUCCUCCUCAAGGACGGCUCAGGCUGCUCAACCCGCGACAACGAUGGCAAGACUGCCCUCGCAUACGCAUACCAGAACCCGUGCAGCGACAUCCUCACCCUGUUCAUGGACUACGCCCCGAACUGCGGCGUAGGCUGUUCGCUGACUCCAGCCAUUGUCCUCGGGUCUCGCCGUGGAUCGAAUACCCAGACGAACGAUGCCGCCGCUGUCCCCUGUGCACGCCCGGCGCCGGGGCCUCCCAAAAGCUCCGGCUGCGGCGGCGCCGUCAAAUGCAAAUAA